AUGCGGGUGCCUGCGAUCAAGGCGGAGCUGGCGGCGCUCGGCGUGGACGCGUCGACGAUGUUUGAGAAGGUGGACUUUGUCGAGGCGCUGCUCAAGGCUCGCUUGAUGAAGAAGGCGGAGAGGCCGCCCCGGGGCGCGGCGAAGGAUUUUGAGUACGGCGCGCAGUCGAGGCAGGGAGAGGAUGGAGGGAUGGAGGACGCCUUCAAGGCCGCCGGCUGGACGGGCGAGGAGGAGCGCGACCCGUACAACGUAGACACAGCCCGCUCACCCGGGCUGCGAAGAAACUUUGCGGACGUCGGUAGAGACGACUUUCGAAAGCCCUGGACUGGCGCGCGCUGA